GGAAUCUAAUAACAUGAGACGAAGCGACCGAAAUCGAGAGCCGCACGGUGUUUCGGCGGGGACAAACACCAGGGAUUUCUCCUCUUUCCACCCAUUUUUGAUUCUUUUGCCCUUUAUUUUGAGGUGUUUUUCCCCCCUUAAUCCUCUCCAAUGGACAAAGCGAUUUCGAACGCAGACAAGGAGGUUCUUGCUGAGAUUGUGAGGCUCACCCAGAAACAAGGAUUAAGAGGUCGUGAAGGGGGGUGGAAAGAUUUUUUGCAUAGUAAUGAUCGGGUAUCUUGUGCUGUUUACGAUCCGACAAGAAAGUCGAAGGAUGUAUUAGUUGCUUUUCUACAAACGUUUGAGGAAAAAGAGCAGAAGUUUUUCCAAAAAAUGAUAAAACGUCUUGCUGAAUACAAAGCAUUUGAGAAGUUCAUAACUGACUUUCCUGACCAAGAGUCCCCUCAGCAGAGACUGGUCCGUUUGACAAAGGAACAUCCACAUUACCCACGGUGUUACUCUUUUCCAUCAUUUGAUGAGGAGUGGAUAAUCAUGCGGCUAGGUAAAGUUUCUAAAGUAAUGAAAUCAAAAACUAUGAUUUCGAUUGAUUGUGAGAUGGUUUUAUGUGAGGAUGGUACUCAAGCCGUUGUACAAGUUUGUGCAGUAGAUGAAAAUUUGGAGGUUAGAUUUGAUAAACUUGUCAAUCCCAAUAAAGCUGUUGCUGACUAUAGAACAGACAUCACUGGGAUAUGUGCUAAAGAUUUGGAGGGAGUUACUUGUUCAUUAGCUGACGUACAGAAAUCCAUUAAGAAGCUUUUAUCCCAUGGGACUAUUUUAGUUGGCCACAGCUUACAUAAUGAUUUACAAGUACUAAAAAUUGAUCAUCGACGAGUUAUUGACACAUCAUACAUCUUCAAAUAUUUAGACGUAGCAGUUAAUUGUUCGCCUUCUUUAAACAACUUGUGUAAGUCUGUAUUGGGUUUUGCACUUCGGGCAGAAGGUGAACCACAUAAUUGCUUAAAUGAUGCAAAAGCUACAAUGAGGCUGGUUCUAGCUAAGCUUGAACAUGGAUUUGACGAUCCCAUUUCUGUUGUUGACAACAAUGUAUCUGACUCUGAUCUAGCAAAGCUGCUACUUCACAAGAUACCAGUUGACGUGCCUUAUCAAGACCUGUUGAAAUUAUUUCCUGAGAAUUAUAAUGUUGAUAUCAAGAAUGAUCUAAAAGUCCGAGGCCUUAGCUACUCUACAUUUGCUGUUUUCAAGGAUGCCAGAGAGGCUGAUGAAGCAUUUAAGGGAAUAGAAGCCAUAGAAAACAGGGACUCCAGUGGUCGACCUCAGAAGGUUGUGUUCUUGGAAAUUAGCACAGGGAAAAGCAUCAGCUUCUACAUUCGAAAGAUGAAACCUGCUGCUCAACUUAAUGGAUGUGAUCCAUUAAAUAAGAGAAUGACCCAAGAUAAGACCAAUGAUUCAAAAAGGCAACGAACAUGUUUACAUCACUGCGAGCAUGAUAAAGAGAUAGAGAAAUUGAAACAGGCCCUCCGUCAACGAGAAGAUGAAAUAUCUGAGCUGCGAAAGAUAGCAUCAGCUCUUGCUCGGAAAAAUGGAUUCUGAAUUUUUUUUUUCCUUAGGGGCACAUGCAUUUCCACAAACUGGUUGUAGCAUUAUUUGCUUUUUGAUUGCAGCAACUAAUUUACUAGUUUAACUCCCAAUCUGUAUCAGUAAACAAGCAUUUUUGCAAACGAAGAACAGAAAAGAGCCAUGACCACAAGUUUCA